UCCACUGCGCGCCUCGGAGAGCAUCUGUUGGAUAAAACCUCGCACAGAAUUAGUAGCAGAUCCUAAACAGUUACACCACCUCUUGACUGUUGAGAGAGCAUCAUAACAGACGCUUUAUCAACGAUUGACUUGGAUCUCCCCGGCCGAGGUUAAAUUUUCGCCAGUGUGGUCUAGCAUUGGAUAAUAAUAUAAGGAUAUCUGCCCGGACCUUUUUUCUGCAAGGCGAAGAGCAUUUAAGCGUGCACUCAGGAACACAUUCAUGCCAAGCGAGGCCCCACAUGGACUAAAAACAUCUAAUUAACUGGGAGAGAGAGAGAGAGAGAGCGCGCGUGGACCCUCUUACAUUUGGCAAGGACACCCAACGACCAAGACCUCAGAGAUAUGUCCAACAACACCGGACGAGGAAACCCAAACCCGGAGAGAGGAAUCUAGAGGUCAGAACCAGGAUUGAGAACAUCUAGAAUGUGGAAGACAUACACAGAGCUGUCUAGACCAGAAGCUGUCAAAUUUCUAGCUAGAUCCGACUUAAUUGGUCAUGGGGGUCUUAAUCAACUAGGCGGAAUGUUUGUAAACGGCCGUCCGCUCCCGGAGGUGAUCCGGCAGCGCAUCGUGGACAUGGCCCACCAGGGCGUGCGUCCCUGUGACAUCUCCCGGCAGCUCCGCGUCAGCCACGGCUGUGUCAGCAAAAUCCUGGGACGCUACUACGAGACUGGCAGCAUCAAGCCAGGAGUGAUUGGGGGCUCCAAGCCCAAGGUGGCCACUCCUAAAGUGGUUGAUAAAAUAGCAGAUUACAAACGUCAGAACCCCACCAUGUUUGCCUGGGAGAUCAGAGACAGGCUGCUGGCAGAGGGAGUGUGUGACAGCGACACCGUGCCCAGUGUCAGCUCUAUCAACAGAAUAAUCCGAACCAAGGUGCAGCAGCCAUUCAAUCUGCCUCUGGAUGGCAAAGGCCUAAGCCCAGGACACAUACUCAUCCCCAGUUCAGCCGUCACUCCCCCUGAGUCACCCCAGUCCGACUCCCUGGGCUCCACCUACUCCAUCAGUGGCCUGUUGGGGAUACCACAACCCAGCCAGGAGGGCAAGAGGAGCCAUGACGACAGUGACCAGGAAAGCUGUAGACACAGUGUGGACUCUCAGGGCAGCGGGGGCGUUCCUAGAAAGCAACUGAGACCAGAGCACUUCCCACCGCAGCACCUGGACUGUGGCUUCGACCGCCACCACUACCCCCCAGACUCCUUCAGCUCUGCUGCAGCUAGCAAGACCGAGCAGACUGUGUACCCUCUCUCGCUCAUCAACGGCAGUCUAGAAGACGGGAAGACCAGCCUCUCAACAUCGAGUGCUGCUAUUGGUCGGAAUCUGGCAGCGCACCAGGGCUACACUGUGGUGGCAGACCCCCUACAGCCCCUCCCACUUUGUCUGAAACAGGAAAUGUCCCCAGAGGUGACCAGCACAAGCCCCUCUCCGAAUGUGGUGGCCAACUCAGCUUUUCUGGAGCUACAAUCGCUGCAGGCCCCUGUGUCUAUCAGUAGCAGCUGCAGCAGCUCCAACCAUUUCCCCCAUGCCUUCAACUCAUUCUCCCAUCAUGCACCAGUGUACAGCCAGUUCAGCAGCCAGUCUCUCAUAGCAGGAAGGGACAUGGUUAGCUCCACUCUCCCCGGCUACCCUCCUCACAUCCCCUCCAGUGGCCAGACAGGCUACUCAUCCUCCGCCAUCACUGGCAUGGUAGCAGGUGCAGACUACUCUGGCCAGACCUACACUCACUCCCCCUACACCUCCUACAGUGAAGCUUGGAGAUUCACCAACUCCAGCAUUUUGGGUUCACCCUAUUACUAUAGCUCGGCCUCCCGCACUGCUCCACCAUCCACUGCAGCCUACGACCAUCUCUAGCUCCCAUGGACCAACCCUCAUCAAGAGGACUGGUAAUGGGGACCAAUAGGCAAAUGCAGCAAGGGAUAGGAAGCUAUGAUGAGAAUUGGACUGUCUCCCAAUAAUGGACAGGGAAGUGAAAACAUGGAGACUUUGGAGACUUUUAAUGGUAACACUGGACCAGCAGUGCUUGAGCAUGAACUCAUGGACAAUACCUUCUCAUGGCUAACUAAUGAAUUAUUUAUUUGUUUUUAAUGACAGCCUCAUCCAGGAUGACUUUACACGUUUACACAUGACAUUCUAAACACUGUAAUACAUUUGGGCAACUGAUUUCUAUGACUUUUUCAGUGGCAACGCCCUGAAUCCUGCAUCCUGUAUACAUCACUCUAAAGCUGUUUCACCAAAGACUUUAUUUUUAGCACAUUUUACAACUCUGACAUGCAUUUUUGACUUCAUGGUGACAUCAUAGGAUGAAUUGUGGUGUCACAGUGCGGUAACUGCUUUUAUGUGAAGUUAGGCCUGAAUUUGCAUCAAGUUUACAACAGUUUUAUACAAUACACAUGUCCCUUUCGCAUUCUAGGGUAUGUUUUUCAGGAUUCUCUGUGUUGAAUUCAAAAUUCAGCCUAUUUGAGCUCAUCACCCUGCAAAACCUUCCAGAUCUUAAAUGUAACACAGUGCCAAUAGUCUAAAUGAGGAAUACAGUCACACAUGGUAUCAUUAACAUAGCAAAAUGUCCUCAUGUCUUUGUCAAAGAAAAUGUGCUACCUGAAUUGAACUGUCUGGGUUACGCUACUCUUGUUUGGCAAUAUGUAUAUAUAGUAAAUUGCAAACUGCUCUUAAGAAAAAAAUGCAACUUUAUCAUGAGGAUGAUUUGGGGUGAAUAUUGUGGGGAUUAAUGACACAUGAAAGAUUUGGGGGGUUUUCUUCAAUGAUAUUUCGAGUUUGUUGUAAUGCUGAUGUUUCGUAAGAACUGUGACUAAACACGUUUUUUCUUAUACUGUUAUUAAUAUUAUUGAAGAUGUAAAUACGGAAUUUCUAAAGAAUUAUUUUAAUAAAAUAAAGCAUGACAAAGUGA